AUGCGAAGAUGGGAUUUGAACAGCAAUCCGAUGUGCCAGGAAAAUGGUAUCAUCCAGCGGAGCGCACGUCAGACAACGGUGACGGUCCGGGCGACUUGUGCGAACAGACGGGUUAAGAGGAAUCAUCGACGCCAUCUGCUCACGUGGCAGGGGUCAACCCUUUCAAUGCCUGAAGAGCAGUGCAAGCGGAAGAUGAGGACUCUUAAGUUUCAGCUCGACUACGUUCUGGCGAGGAACAUUCAUCAGUCAGAUAUCCGAAAAUCUAGAGCUAUUUGGGACGUCGCGUUCGACUCUGACCACCGUCCAGUUCUUCUCAGCUUCAAGAUACUGUUCCACAAGUGA